CGACCAUUCAUUUUAAUGAUGGCCUACGACAAGAACAUGGUUGAGUGGUCAAUUGAGAAACUACCUACUGUGGUUUAUGACGAAAUCGUGUGGGAAGAUAUUCCACACGAUGAUCAAGUAAUCCUAGGAGGCUUCGUGGGCGUAAAAUUCGAGAUAUGCGAUGACGGAGAAAUUCAGAAUAAUGGCAUUGCAACGGCGACAUGA